AUGGACGUCAAUCCAGCUAAACGUACACGUGAUGAGUAUGAGCGUGAUCAUGAAGACACUCACACACAUACUGCGCCCACUUCCGCAUUAGAUGAGUCGUUUUCUACCAAACGUCAGCAUGUUGACCCUACCACCGAACUUAUCAAUAAUGUAUGUAAAGAUAUAAGACGUCUUGGUGAAAACCCCAACAUCGCCAACCAAAUUGACGACAUUGCAUACAUAUCCAACCCUAUUGUUGCUGAGUUUGAGAAAAUUGAUGAAUUGCGUCUGGCAAUUUUGGACACCGUUUAUGCCGUGAUUAUUGAACAGCCACACAAAAUUCAUGCGUUGGCAAACUUGGUUUUGGUUUGUAAUUCCAAGAACUUUGUUGUUGCCAAAUACGUAGUUGAAUUCUUACAUGCUAAAGUACAAGGAUUGCUUGAUCUGGUUGGACAAGAAGUGGAGAUUAAAGAAGGAUUCGAUAAAGAAGGUGCUGGUGUAUUCAAUGAUAUCAAAUGUGUGUUGAAAUUCUUUAGUAGUUUAGCACCAAUUAUUGAAGGUUACGGCAUUGUCAAUAUCUUUCUGCAAUUGUUACAAUUUGCUAUUGACUUACAAGAAAGUACACCAAAAAGACACGGUAUUGCCCAAGAAAUUUACUAUAAUGUGUUGAUCAGUGUUCCAUAUCUUUUAAGCAAUGACAAGUCUCCAGAAAUACUUGAAAAAAUUGACAGUAUCAUUGAAUUGGCCAAGAAGUUCAACAUUGUCGAAACAGAAUCUGUUUUAUUACAGCCAUUUGAUUCUAGACUAGGCAAUUAUGAAUUACCCUAUGUUCCAAAGAAACUUAUUAAUUUGAUCUUGCCUUCAUUGUCUACUUUGCAAGAAUCUAAGUGGGAAGAUUUUAAAUUAUUUAUUGAUUUUGCUCCAUUCCUUGAUCCUAUAAUUGAAGAAGCGCUCAAGAACAACACCAUUUCCAAUGAUAUUGUCAAACAUUCACUUCCCCAGUUUUCCUUGCCAUCAGUCGAAACUAUCUUGAAAUAUUCUCCACAUGUGAACUCUAUUGACAGAUUAUGGAAACAUAACUCGCGUCUUUUGUUCCAGGUAUACAACAACUCGACCGAUUUCGAAACUGUUCCUAGAAUCGAAACUUAUCUAGGUCUUUUCUUCAAGGAUAUUGCCUUUGACAUCUUAACCAACCUCAGUUUCAACAAGAAUGAAGCCGCUAUCCAGCUUUCCAUUCUUGAUUUGUUCUACGCCAAGGAUUUAUUUACCGCUCCUGGUUCCUCCAUUGAUCAACUUGCUGAAGUGAACAAGGCCAAUCAAGCUGGAGAAAAUACACCUGCGUUAUCUACCUGGAAAAUCGAAGAUGUAGCCGUUGAAUCUAUCCUUACUAUGAUUUUCCAACUUCCAACUCCAUUGCACCCUGAAAUCUACUACUAUACUGUCCUUAUUGCUUGUUGUCGUGAAUCUCCGGAAUCAAUAGCACCCGUGUUUGGUCGUGCCAUUAGAUUCUUUUAUAACCACUUAGAAACUCUCGAUUAUGAAUUGAAGGUUCGUUUCUUGGAUUGGAUGACAACGCAAAUUUCUAACUUUGAAUACAGUUGGAAAUGGGAUGAAUGGGUUGGUGACUCGGAAAGAUUGGCUGGGUUGAAGUAUCAUCCACGCCGAAACUUUAUAAAGAAUUUGAUUGCCAAGGAAAUUAGAUUGAGUAACAAAUCGAGAAUUAAAGACAGUUUUGUCAGCAUGGUGCAAAACAGACCUAUUAGUACUACCACGGGUGAUGUUAGUGAUGAAGAAGUCGAAGAUGCCGAUUCUAACGCUGCUGAUGCAGGAACCACUAUUGUCCAUCUUCUGGAGUUCAACCAGUAUUUGGACAUAUCUAUGAUGGCACCUAAUUCUGAACAGUAUGUUCUCGACUAUGACGUUGAACUCUACGGUACUGACGAAGUCAAGGAUACCUUGAUAAAAUUGUAUGAGCAAAAGAAGGAACAAAUCAAGGGCAAGAGUUUAGUCACUGCUCAAGAUGAAAUUAUAUACAACUUUGCCAACCCUGAUUUACCAUAUAAUGAAUCAGCCACCAAAGUAUACGAAUUUGUGGUUGCGCAUUGGAAGACCAAUGACGAGUUCUCCACUUUAUGCCAAGAUAUCUUGACCUCCCUUGAAUCACACCCUAACCCUAUGCAAUUCUUGGUCAAUCUCGUUUUCCAAACGUAUGCUUACAUUGGUUCAAGAUCUAUCUACUCAGUUGUGUCGAUUCUUUCCCGAGACAUCAACAAGUUGAAACACCUCAGUGGUGCCACUAUAACGUAUGCUAAUGACGAGCCCCACUUUGAUACUCCCGAACUCACUCCUGAAGAAGUUACCUUACGUCAACAAUGGAUUAUUGAUGCUAUUUUCCGAGUAUGGAUCCAUCAACCACAAGUGGUGUUCCUUAUUCUUGAAUACUUAAUUGAGUUUGGCAUCGUUGAUGCAAAACACAUUGUUACUAAAGCGCUCGAGCUGAACUUAAUCAUUGAUAAUGUAAGUUGUAUGGAGAGUGUGAAUCGUAUCCUUGGUUCUGCUAACAAGGAGUUGAUUAUUGUGUUGUUCAACCAGAUCGUUACCAAUUUAAACAAGGUGCAAUUUGGUGAUAAGAUAGAGGAAGACAGCGAUGAUCAGUGGUUAUUUGUUGAAUAUUUGGGAUUACUCAAGAGUUAUCUUAGAAAGUAUAUCAAGAACAAUACCAAGGUUGAUUACAUUGAUGAAUUAAAGGAGUUGUUUGGAGCUGUGGAAAAUGCAAAAGCAAAAGAGGAGAUCUUGCAAUGGGUGGAUGAAUGUGACGUGUAG